CGCACAUAUAAGUAUAGAUUGAGUAGGACAUAUUAAUAUUAGAUGUUUGUGUUUGGUGGCACUCUCACGUUUUAAGAAUUACUAAUAUAAUUUUCUCUUGUUGUGGUUGAUUUACCCGCUUCAAAAGCAAGAAUGGCUUGUUGAUUUUGCCCGUUCAGAGUGAUACUAAAACUUAAUUCAGAUAAAAUAUUAUAUAAUCGGUGUUUAGAAUAAAUGAAUAAUAUUGUGUUACCAGUAGUUACCCUAAUUUUGAUUUGUAAGUAACUUAAGAAUAAAAUCGAUAGUGGUUACGACUGUUGUUCACGAAAUAGCGCUCAGACUACUAGUACUAUGUCAUAUCACAGCAAACCUGAACAGCCCUGAUAGUGAUGUUACUAGUGACUUCAGGGAAAAAUCGGUUAGGAAAUGCAACCUUAUAUGCUUGCUUUAAUAAACGCACUAGUUAAAGUAGUUUCUGGUGGGAUUAGCUACUUAAACAUAUUAACAUGAAGCUUGUAAUAACUGCUGCAGAGAAAAUAAAUAAUACGAUUAAGUGCAGUAUUGGUGAAGCAUUUACUAUUCAAUUUUCCAGUUACAGUUAUUAGAAAUUUAACAUUUCAUUCCAUUCAGAUAUCAAUGUAAUACAUUAUCAUCACCACUAAAAUUCAGAUAACUUCAGUAUAUAUUCAUUUUAAGAAGUUAUGACUAAAACUAAAGCAAUGAUGUAAUAUGUCAAUGUACAUCUGCCACGUUCAGUGCCGAUGAGGCCUUUCACUAAUAUUGAAGUUCCAUGCUACUAAGAUUGAAGAUGGUAGUGAAAUGUAUGCGAAUCUGCUUUCCAACUGUGUUUCACUACUCAGAAGUUUAGAAUAAGGAACAACAUUUACAUUUUACAAUGUUCCAUGACCUAUAAGCAUACAAGUAGCACACAUUUUAAUUUCCUGUUGGUGGAGAUUUCCUUGCAACAGGCAGUGUACAGUCUGGUACAUGUAUAAACACCAGACAGAUGACAGAAGGCAAGUCUACCUACACAUAGGAAGAGGAUUGGUUAAUCUAUUUUGUUUUUUAAGAAUAAUUUAAAUUAUGCCACCCCCACCUCCAACGGCUCCUCCUCCACCUUUGUCAGAUGUUUGCCCCUCACUUGAUAAAAAAGUAAAGACAGAUCGUAAUGCACUGCUGUCAGACAUCAGACUAGGAACCAAACUGAAGAAGGCAGUGACCAAUGACCGAAGUUCUCCUCAAAUAAAUGCAUGUAAAGGAACAAAUCACAAAUCUUCUGAAAAACUCAACUCUCCAGCUGGCCUUGGUGGGCUAUUUGCCCAAGGAGUACCAAAGUUACGAGAAACUGGGACUCGGCCAGCAGCUUCAGCAGUUUCAAGAGGAAGAUCAACUGAAAACCCUAAUGACCAAAAAACAUCAUUAAACAAAUCUUUACAUAAAAGAGCUGUAAGCUGUUCUCAGUCUCUCACCCCAGUCAAGUCGCAUCAACAAACCUUAACUAAAUCUUCAACUAUUAAUAAAAACAGUAAUGCUCAUACAGCCAAUCAUGUGAUAGGACUAAAUCAAAGGUGUCCAUUCCCAAAUGGUUUACGUUCACCUCAUGAUUCUCCCCCCACCCCACCACAGAAACCAAGCAAUAUCAAUUCUAAUUACUUGACUGGUCAGAAGUAUUGUUCUCCUAUAUCCAAAAAACCUCCUACAGUAUCAGUUGGUUUAAAUAAGAGUACAAAGAGAGAAUCUUUUCCAAGACCUUCACCUCCUCCUCCUCCAAAGAACCCACAGCUCACCCUCACCAAAUCUCCACUGAUACUGAACAAACCUGUCAGUGUAGUAAAACAGCAAGAUAUAAAGGCUCAAAACAUUAAAAAUGAUCUUAAAUCAUAUUCUAAUAUUACAUCUCAAAAAGAAGUUUCAGCCACAAAAAAUCAAGCCCCAUUACUUUCACCUUCACAAAAUCAGAAUGUUACUGGGGGUCUCGGUGAACUUAAGCAUAAACCAUAUUCAAGAGGUGUUAUGCCUUCUUCUAGAAAACAAAAAACUGCUCUGUCUCCACCAUCAACUACAACUACUGUAAAAGCUACACCUUCUACUAAUCGCCCAACCCCUCCACUUCCACCCUUAAGGUCACCAUCUGUAGCACCACCCCCUCCACCUCUACACAUAAAUGUAUCACCUUCUCCUUCUUAUACAAAGAACCCUCCACCACCACCACCGAGUGUGCACCCUCCUUCUCCACCUGCUCAAAACAACUAUGAGAAGACAACCCCGUGGGACUGAGAAAAAAUUUGUACCCUGGAGGUAUGCAUUACGUGUUAACUUCUGACCAAAGCAAGCUGCCUAUACAGAUCAGAACUGAAAAUUAACCCCAAUAAAAAAUGUAGGUAAUGCGCUGUUCUUCAUUAUAAUAGUUAAUGUAUUGAUUCAUCAGUUUGUUACCCUCACUAUUAGCAACAUUUUUAAUAGUAAUCUCAACAAUAUCUAAUGAGAUUUGGCCACCUUAGGAUAUUUAAGUUACUCCUAAAUCCAUACACUGAGAAAAGGAUACAAAAUAAUUUUCAUAAUUAAAGAAAAUAAUGAAUACCUGAUAUACAUAUACUUUUUAACCAAUUCUAUUAAUGAAACUAACAUUAACAAAAGAGCAGAACUUUCCCAUAAAAUUAAAACCAAGUACCAGUUUAUAGAGUAAGAAUCUUUUUUAAGUAUGUAUAUGUUGUACUAGAAUGAACAAAAAACAUGAUAAGCUACCUUUUUCCAAUAUUACUGUGUAUUUUUGGUGAAUGUUUGAAGCUUAAAAUAUCUCUGCAAUAGGUGUUUCUCGUUUCUAAACUGAUAACAGAUAUAUCUGUGCUGGAUUUUUAUGUAAAAUGAAGUAUAAAAUUAAAAAAAGAAAAGAAACGUGUUUAUAUUACUCUGUCAUAUACAUGCAUAAAUGCGGGCCUAAUUUGUGUGUAUGAUUGUAGAUGUCUGGUAUUGCUGAUCAUAAGUAUUGGUUUAAUUACAUAAUGUAAUUUAAUAUGCGUGUGUGUGUGUACAUUUAAUUUUGCACUUCUGGACAACAUUUUCUUAAAUAUAUGUAGUGUAUCGACAGUUUAAAUAUCUAAAAUUAAUCAUCAAAACUAACAGUAUGCAAGAAUAAUGAUAAAAAAGUGUUUUUUACCAACUUGUAUCUGAGAUACCAAUUUCAUAUGUAACUGAUGUCACUGUCAAUUAUUAGAAGCAUAACUUGAGGAAAUAUUAAACUACUUGAAACUUUUUAUCAAAUUGUGCGAUUCAUCUUUGAGUCCAUGUAAUCAUGUUAAAAUUAACUUUAAAGUUUCUUGCAGUAUUAUGUAUUGGUAAGUACUGAAAGCAUUAUUAUUAUGCUGUUUUAAUUAUAGUUUUAAGUGAGUUCUUUGUGUUAUGAUUAUUUGAAAUUCUUUGCAGAUGGUUUUGAAUCCAAAUUUAAAAACAGAUUCCAUGGAAUUUUUGAAUUACCUUCGCCUGAUUGUUUUGAAAACACACCAAAAACCUAUUCCAGCAAAA